CGAGAACACGGCGGAUCCAGGUUACUGGAAGAAGCCAAUGGCGAGCUACCUCGUUCGCUAUCAUUCCGACCAGCUUCUCUCCAUCGCUUCUUCUCCCGAUUCCAACCUUCAUUUCCCUCUUUACGUCGAUUUCGCAGAGUUGAUGGAGGACGAUCCUCGCAUUGCCCGUCUCCUAUUUGCCCAACCCAACACCUACUUGCAAGUAUUCAAUGAUGCUGCUCUUUGGGCCCAUAAAAUCGUAUUGGGAGAUAUGGCGGAUGACAAGAAUGGGGUUGAGAAAAAGUUCAUUCAUGUUCGCAUUAACAUCAGUGGUUCUCCCCUUGAAUGCCCUGAGACUUUUCCAACCAUAGGACGUGUUCGAGUGGAGCACCGUGGAAUUCUUCUCACUCUCAAAGGGAUAGUAAUCAGGUCCGGAGCAAUCAAGAUGCAUGAAGGAGAAAGGAAGUACAUGUGCCACAAAUGCAAAAACAGCUUCACAGUUUAUCCUGAGGUGGAAGCUCGAAACUCCAUACCAUUACCGUCAAUUUGCCCAGUUCAGAAGUCUAAGCCCUGCGGAGGCACAAAAUUCCAGUAUGUAGAAAAUACUAUAGUAUGCCAUGAUUAUCAGGAGAUAAAAAUCCAAGAAAGUACACAGGUGCUUGGUGUUGGGGCAAUUCCUCGUUCAAUUCUUGUCAUCUUGAAGGAUGACCUUGUUGAUGUUGUUAAAGCUGGAGAUGAUGUGAUUGUCACCGGUAUCUUAACAGCAAAAUGGUCCCCAGAAUUGAAGGAUGUGCGCUGUGACCUUGAUCCUGUAUUAAUAGCCAACAAUAUAAGGAGAAUCAAUGAACUGAAGUCAGAAAUUGAUAUUUCUGAUGAUGUUGUUAUGAAAUUCAAGCAGUUUUGGUUUCACUUCCAAGAUGCACCUUUAAAAGGGAGGAAUGCUAUUCUACGAGGAAUUUGCCCCCAAGUAUUUGGUCUUUUCACUGUCAAGCUGGCUGUUGCAUUAACACUUAUCGGAGGUGUGCAACAUGUCGAUGCUUCUGGAACAAGGAUAAGGGGGGAGUCCCACUUACUCUUGGUUGGUGAUCCUGGUACUGGAAAAUCUCAAUUUCUAAAAUUUUCUGCAAAAUUGAGCAAUCGAUCUGUUAUUACCACUGGGUUGGGAAGCACAAGUGCAGGAUUGACUGUUACUGCAGUAAAGGAUGGAGGUGAGUGGAUGUUGGAAGCUGGGGCCCUUGUUUUGGCAGAUGGAGGAUUGUGUUGCAUAGAUGAAUUUGAUAGUAUGAGGGAACAUGACAGAGCAACGAUUCAUGAAGCCAUGGAGCAGCAGACAAUAAGUGUAGCCAAGGCUGGUCUUGUAACAACACUCAGCACUAGAACAACUGUAUUUGGCGCCACAAAUCCGAAGGGACAUUAUGAUCCUGAUCAACCUCUGUCUGUCAAUACAACACUCUCCGGUCCUUUAUUAAGCAGGUUUGAUAUUGUCCUCGUGCUCUUGGAUACAAAGAAUCCUGAAUGGGACGCAGUAGUUUCAUCUCAUAUUCUUUCUGAGGCAGAACCCGAUAGAACCAACAGUGAUGAAGAUCUGGCAAACAUCUGGCCUCUUCCUACACUCAAGAGGUAUAUACACUAUGUGAAAGAAAAUUUCAGACCAGUUCUUACGAGAGAGGCUGAAAUAGUUAUAUCCAGCUAUUAUCAACUUCAAAGGAAAUCUGCAACUCAAAAUGCAGCAAGGACAACUGUCCGCAUGCUGGAAAGUUUGAUACGCCUAGCUCAAGCUCAUGCAAGGCUGAUGUUCAGAAAUGAGGUGACUCGACUAGAUGCCAUCACAGCUAUUUUAUGCAUAGAAUCCUCCAUGACUACCUCUGCUAUUGUGGAUUGCAUUGGGAAUGCUCUGCAUUCCAAUUUUACUGACAACCCUGAUCAGGAAUAUGCUAAGCAAGAAAGAUUGAUCCUAGAAAAAUUGGGAUCAAUAGAUGACUUUUCUGAUAUGAAUAGCAUGGAGGGCUGAAGGAAGACAGGAAAACAACAUGGAAGUUUUGUAUAUUAUAUCAUGAAAGUAGUUCUGUUUGUUUGGUUGACUUUGUUAUUUUUAUUACAAUGGAAUAGAUUGCUGUAGCAUUGAAGGGGAAAAGGACAUUCUUUUAGUUA